AUGAAGCCUAUCCCAAUUAUAGUGUGCGGCAAGUCUGCGCACGUCGCCGUUGGUGUGAAGGAAGGCAUCAGACCAGCAUAUGAGGCUGACCAACUGCAAGCACUUCAUAUCGUUCAGUCUUUGGAAGCUGGGGUGAGGGACAUUCCAUCCCUUUUGGAAGGACUCGCGCCUCCGUCCAAGGAAUGGGCAAACCUUGGAACCCAGGAGUACGGGAAAAAAGUCGCAGCAGUUGUCGCUGGAGGUGGAUAUGACGAUGCAGACUUCGAACAGCUACGAAAGGCUGGGGAGGGCAAAAACAGUAUACCGUGGCUGCGUCACGACAUAAGCAAGGAUAUUGACCCAAGGCAACCUAGGCCCAAAGCUGGGAUUGAGUAUGGAGAGCAGCUUGCAAAGAAAAUAGUGAAAUGCUUACAAGACUUGGAAAAAGAUAAAAAGAUGGACAAGGAUGGGGUAUAUUGGUUCUAA